CCGCUGCGCCCUCACACAGGCUAACCGCGAACUUGGCGGCAGUGCGCUGCAGUCGGCCGCGACCUGCGCCAGCCGGAUUUCGUGUGGCCCGCUGGCGGGAGGAUUUCUGUGUGUCCGCGCGAAACUUGCGUGCCAACAGGUGGCUGCCGGGCGUUCUUCACCGGCAGUGGACUGCGUAGGAGCCGCAAAUUAAGUGCCGCGAAGAAAACUGCGGGCAGCACGCAAUGCGAAAGUGAAAGGUCUUUCGUGGCAGGCAUUACACACACUAGAAUUAUUGACGUGUAAGCUGUUGUUGUGGAUUCUACUCCAGUUAUAUAUAGUGUUGUGAUUCAUCAUUGUUUAGCUAGCUUUUUUUGCGUCAGGCAGGUGAUUUGAAUCGGCGUGAAUUCGGGUAGUGUGCUGAUAAUUGACGUUUCUGAGAAAAGAUGACUGUCACGUACACCCCAGAAGUUGCCACACGCCGGCUUCUUGGGAGCUUCUUAACACUACUUUUCCGAUGGCGUGGCAGCAUCUACAAGCUGGUGUGGCCAGACCUCAUGGUCUUCUUGCUGCUGUAUUACGUUCUCAACUUCACCUACCGUUUCUGGCUGAACGAAGACCAGAGAAAAAUUUUCGAGAACAUAACGCAAUAUUGCGAAACUUUCAACGAUCUGAUCCCACUGUCGUUCGUGCUGGGGUUCUAUGUGAGCAUCGUGAUGCAACGCUGGUGGAACCAGUACGUCAGCAUCCCAUGGCCCGAUCCCAUCGCAGUCUUCGUCAGCUCCAACAUUCAUGGGCAGGACGAACGCGGCCGUGUGAUGCGGCGUACUAUAAUGCGCUACGUGUGCUUGUGUCUGACGAUGGUGUUCAGCAUGAUCAGCCCGCGGGUGAAGAAGCGCUUCCCCACACUGCAGAACUUCGUGGAGGCGGGCCUGCUGAACGAGAACGAGAAGGCCAUCAUGAGCGACCUCAACGAGAAGUUCCCGCGCCACUCGAAGCACUGGCUGCCCAUCGUGUGGGCGGCCAGCAUCGUGACCCGUGCGCGCAAAGAGGGCCGCAUCCGGGAUGACUUCGCUGUCAAGACCAUCAUCGACGAGCUGAACAAGUUCCGUGGGCAGUGCGGCCUGCUGCUCAGCUACGACUCCAUCAGCAUCCCCCUCGUCUACACGCAGGUGGUCACCUUGGCAGUUUAUUCAUACUUCAUAACUUGUGUAAUGGGACGUCAGUGGCUUGAUAUACCUGAUCAGUCACAUCCGUUGCACAAACAUAUGAAUAAUGUUGAUCUGUACUUCCCAGUUUUCACUACAUUGCAAUUUUUUUUCUACAUGGGAUGGCUGAAAGUGGCUGAGAGUUUGAUAAACCCUUUUGGUGAAGAUGAUGAUGAUUUUGAAGUCAACUGGUUAGUGGACAGAAACCUGCAGGUGUCCUACCUAAUAGUUGAUGAAAUGCAUCAUGAGCAUCCAGAGCUGAUCAGAGAUCAAUAUUGGGAUGAGGUAUUUCCAGCCCAGCUGCCAUACACAAUAGCCUCAGAGCCAUUCAGAGAACAACAUCCUCAGCCAUCAACAGCCAACAUUGAAGUGCCAAAAUCUAUGGCAGAACCGUUACUGGCAAAGCCAGAGGAUGGGGGAGACCAUAAUUUUGAUGAUACCCAUAGUGGUAUUCAUUUUUUUGCCGGUGGAAAACGGAGCCUGAGUCGUGUUAGUACUCGUGAACGAAUGACCUCUGCGGGUUCAGCAUCGAGCAUAAACACCAACGUUGGAAGUCUGGCGAGUUCCAUUCACCGUGUGGGCUCUGUGACAUCUGUUCUCAGGAGACUGUUUUCACGUGAUGGCAGUGGCACUGGAUCAGUUGUCACUACCACAACUGUCCCUUCCAAUAUUCCAGAUGGUAGUGCUGGCAACUCUGCUGGUUCAAGAAUGCCGAAAAGCAAUAGUGCUGCUAGUUUGAAACCUCCAUUUGCUGGGGGAGGGAGUAUGCGAAUAGCAGACCAAGUCAUAGAAGAAGUGGAUGAACAGUCAACAGUAACUUCAAUGAGGCCACCAGACUUGAGGCCAAAUGUUCGCACAAUUUUUGCAAGUGGUGUGCCUCACUUCCCAGGGCCUCCACCACCAUCAGCACCAGUUGCAGUUCCUCAUAGUGUACAGGCUAGUGGUCCGCAUCUCAACAUUACACCACUGUCAUCAUCAGCUCCUGCAUCAGCUGUGGUUAUGCCAGCUGCUGCUGUUUCACCUGCUCCUUCAAGCACAACAUACACAGAAAUUAUGUCUGUGAAGAGUGCACCAGGAUAUGGGGAUUCCUCAAAGAUUGGGCCAGGAGGAAGAGUAGAUCGCUUCACUAGUCAGCCUGCAUCACAAGGAGAUAGCACGAGUUUCUUUGGAGGAAGGACAUCUCAAGCAGACGGUGAUGAUGUGAGCAUUGGUGGUUCUAGUACAAAUAGUUCAGAGGAUGAUGAGUUUACACGCCUGAAACAAACUCGACAAAAAGAACGCAAAGAAAAGCUGAUACAAAGGUUGGCAAGGUCGGUCAGUGCACAACAUCCAGGUUCUUUAGACAAUGAGACGUUACUGCUUGAAAUUACUGGUGACUCGAGAACUGGCUUACUGUCUUCAUCCCAAAGAUCUAGUGUACUUGGAGAUUCUAAUGUAUGACAACAAACUGACAAAAGUAGAAUGCCAAAUUGAGCAGAAUGAUUGUUAAACUUCCAUACACAAUGGUAGACACAAUUGUGUGAACAAAGCUGUGACAAAACUCGGUUCAGAUUGUACACUUUGCUGUUAUUUUUAUAUCUCUGCAACUUAUAGCUGCCUCUUGGCUAUAAACGCACAGUAUUUGUAAUUUAGUCUCAAGUAUUGAUAUUUUGAGGACCAUGAAAGUGAAUUAAGGUAUUUUACUUAAAGAAUGACUGUUGUGGAAUCUCGUAAGCAUUUCAUACUAGGUCACAAGAAUAGUUAAUUGACAUACUUAGUGUAUAUAACAACAUUAAACACUAUAUCCUCCCACCUGCCAAACAUUCCAAUCUUUCAGGUAAUCCUGUACUAGUUUUGGGAGUAUAUAUAUGCUGGAAAUAUUUUCGUGUGCUGAAACUGCGUGUUAUACCUCAAAUAUUUAUUUAUAUUGUAACACAUAAAAGAAGUGCCAGUACCAGUGAACUGAAAAUCAUCCAGUGUUUUGCUGAUGUGGUUAUUGUGCUGUUUGAGAUUAGAUUUUAAAUGGACAGCAGAAAAUGUAUCUUAUACUGAAGUGUUCUCCAUAAAAGCUGGUGCUUUGAUACUUUGUUCCUGUGUAUAUAUAGACAGUGUAAUUGUACUUAUAAGAAAUUGCAAUUGCUGAUAUUUAUGUUUUUGACAGUAUUUUUGGAUAGUCGGUACAAUAAUACAAUGGAUUAACUUUUAUGAUAGAGGAAAUAUGGUCUCUUGAACUCCGUGUUGUGCAGGUAAUGUUCUCACAAACUUCUUUAAUAACUUAUGUAUGUUUUAUCUCAGUUUUGAAAGGUUAAUUGACAUAUUCUUUGUUUUAUGAUGUAUGAGAUAGAUGAUGAAUGUUCAUUUAUUCACUGAGUUAGCUUAGACACAUAAUAAAUACAAAAAUGUUGAAUUCCCAUAAUUCGAAGUGUCGUCGUUUGGAGAACGGAAUUCAUGGGUUACAACAAAAGGCAUACAGGACAACCUUAUUAAUCUGAAAGUUCAGUCAGCUUCUCCCUUUCUAAAACAACUGUAACAUUUCCCUGUUCCACAACCUGUUUAAACAAGUGAGUUGACUGUAAAUAUUCUGUGUAGUGUUAAUUUUCAGUUUUAAAUUUUUGGUUGUAAUUUUUGUAUUUUUAUAUCACGUUGUUGUUUUGUUGUGUACUAACAGCUGAGGUCUUCGAAGAAAAAAUGACAAUGGCUUUAGACACCUUUCAUUUUGGAAAGUGAAAUAGUAGUGUAUGAAAAAGAGUCACAUAUUUUUAUGAGCUACUCUUCAUUAUCUUGAAAGCAGAGCUAUAUAUUAUGCAAGAAAUUCUGUGGUGCUUUAGUAUUUUUUGAAAUUUGUAUUUUAUCAGACUCUGGUUAUUGAUAUAGUUAAUGCUACCAGUUGUGCCUGCCAGAAAAAAAGGAAACACAAGUAUUUUAAGUUUAGCACCUAUAAUUUACACAGUCCUAUGUCUGUGACAUUUGUAUCAUGUUCUUAAAUAUAUCGCUUUCAUUUUUUCACCACAUUACUGCAUGGGAAUGUACUAAAUAAACACUGUGAUUUUUUUUGUGACUGUGACAAACAAGUCAGCACAAUUGGACAAACAUGUCUGUAUAAUGUAAGACUGCCAAAUGUCUAUUUCUUUUUAAUUAUUAAUUUUAUAAUUGACUGUGAGUUUUUAUUGAGCUGGUAAAUGUGUGCAGUAAUUGACUUGUGAUAUUCAGAGGAAAAUGUAUGCAGUGUGUUUGGUGUCAGUUGGUUUUUGAAAAAAGAGAAAAAAUUAAAAAAUAUUUGUUUGAAGUCCCAGAGAUACAGAUCAAUAAAGCAAUAUUUAAACUUA